UGCUUCCUCUUAGGGAGUAGGUAAUCAGACUAGUCGCCAAGAAGGCUGUCUGUAAUAAAGGCAGGGGAGACCUGGGGUGCAGAGUUCAGGAGCCAAUAACAAAGGAAUUUCAAGAAGAAUGGGCUGAUGGAGAGUUGGACACUGCAGAGGUGGAGGACCUUGAAGGAUAAGGAAAAGAGGAGGUGGCCAAGUUGGAGAAGCACUUGAUGCUUCUCCGACAGGAGUACGUGAAGCUGCAGAAGACGUUGGCAGAGACAGAGAAGAGAUGCACUCUUUUGGCUGCGCAAGCAAAGAAGGAAAGCAGCGACGAGUCCUUCAUCAGCCGCCUGCUGACGAUCGUGGCUGACCUCUAUGAGCAGGAGCAGUAUAGUGAUCUGAAGGUAAAGGUUGGGGGCAAGCACAUCAAUGCUCACAAGUUUGUGCUGGCGGCCCGCAGUGACAGCUGGAGUCUGGCUACGUUAUCGUCCACCGAGGAGCUGGACCUAUCAGAUGCUAACCCUGAGGUGACAAGGACGAUGCUCCGUUGGAUCUACACGGAUGAGCUGGAGUUCAGAGAAGAUGACGUGUUCCUGACUGAGCUGAUGAAGCUGGCGAAUCGGUUUCAGCUACAGCUCCUCAGGGAGAGAUGUGAGAAGAGUGUUAUGUCUCUGGUGAACGUCAGGAAUUGUAUUCGCUUCUAUCAGACUGCGGAGGAGCUGAGUGCCAGCACGCUGAUGAACUAUUGUGCAGAAAUUAUUGCCAGUCAUUGGGACGACCUGCGGAAGGAAGACUUCAGUAGCAUGAGUGCCCAGCUGUUGUACAAAAUGAUCAAAUCCAAGACCGAGUACCCGUUACACAAGGCGAUCAAAGUAGAGCGAGAGGAUGUGGUCUUCCUCUAUCUCAUUGAGAUGGACUCACAGCUCCCUGGGAAGCUGAAUGAAGUGGAUCAUAACGGAGACCUAGCCUUAGAUCUAGCCCUGUCACGACGACUGGAGAGUAUUGCCACCACGCUGGUUAGCCACAAGGCUGACGUGGACAUGGUCGACAAGAAUGGCUGGAGCUUGUUACACAAAGGAAUCCAAAGAGGAGAUCUCUUUGCUGCCACAUUCCUCAUUAAGAACGGCGCCCUUGUCAAUGCUGCUACGUUGGGUGCCCAGGACACACCGUUGCACCUUGUGGCUUUGUACAGUGCGAAGAAACACUCGGCAGAUGUGAUGUCUGAGAUGGCCCAGAUCGCAGAGGCCCUUCUGCAGGCUGGUGCCAACCCCAACAUGCAGGACAGCAAGGGCAGGACUCCCUUGCACACGUGCAUCGUGGCCAGGAAUGAACGUGUGUUCAGCCAGUUGCUGCAGUGCAAACGGCUGGAUCUGGAACUGAAAGACCACGAGGGCAGCACAGCUCUGUGGCUCGCAGUGCAGUACGUCACCGUGUCUCCCGACCACUCGGUGAACCCCUUCGAAGACCUCCCGGUGGUGAAUGGGACCUCAUUUGAUGAGAACAGCUUUGCAGCCAGACUCAUCCAGAGGGGCAGCAACACGGACGCACCGGACACUGUCACAGGGAAUUGCUUACUGCAGCGGGCGGCUGAAGCAGGGAAUGAGGCAGCGGCUCUUUUCCUGGCAACCAGUGGUGCCCAGGUCAAUCACAGGAACAAGUGGGGAGAGACACCGUUGCACACAGCCUGUCGGUAUGGCCUGGCCAACCUUACCGCAGAGCUCCUGCAGCAAGGUGCCAACCCGAACCUGCAGACAGACGAAGCUCCGCCUUUGCCGAAGGAGGCCGCGUCUGUGACCAGCUCCGUGGACAGUGUCUAUCUGCAGACACCGCUGCACAUGGCCAUUGCCUAUAAUCAUCCGGAUGUGGUGUCUGUCAUCCUGGAGCAGAAAGCUAAUGCUCUUCAUGCCACCAACAACUUGCAAAUCAUUCCGGACUUCAGCCUCAAGGAUUCCCGAGACCAGACGGUGCUGGGCCUGGCAUUAUGGACUGGCAUGCACACGAUCGCAGCCCAGCUGCUGGGCUCCGGGGCCUGCAUCAACGACGCCAUGUCGGACGGGCAGACCUUGCUGCACAUGGCCAUGCAGCGGCAGGACAGCAAGAGCGCGCUCUUCCUCCUGGAGCACCAGGCAGACAUAAACGUCCGGACUCAGGACGGGGAGACAGCCCUUCAGCUGGCCAUCAGAAACCAGCUUCCACUCGUAGUGGAUGCCAUAUGCACCCGGGGAGCGGAUAUGUCCGUGCCGGAUGAGAAGGGGAACCCCCCACUGUGGCUCGCCUUGGCAAACAGUCUGGAGGACAUCGCCUCUACCCUGGUCAGACAUGGUUGUGAUGCCACGUGCUGGGGCCCGGGGCCCAGUGGGUGCCUGCAGACACUCCUGCACAGGGCCAUUGAUGAGAACAAUGAAUCGACCGCCUGCUUCCUCAUUCGCAGUGGCUGCGACGUGAACAGUCCCAGGCAGCCCGGCCCUAAUGGAGAAGGGGAGGAGGAGGCCAGAGAUGGGCAGACCCCCUUGCAUUUGGCAGCCUCCUGGGGGCUGGAAGAGACGGUCCAGUGUCUUCUGGAAUUCGGUGCCAAUGUAAACACACAGGAUGCAGAAGGAAGAGCACCUGUCCACGUGGCCAUCAGCAACCAGCACAGCGUCAUCAUUCAGUUGCUGAUCUCCCACCCCGAUAUCCACUUGAGCGUCCGCGACAGACAGGGGCUGACCCCUUUUGCCUGCGCCAUGACUUACAAGAAUAACCGGGCAGCUGAGGCCAUCCUCAAGCGAGAGUCUGGGGCUGCCGAGCAGGUGGAUAAUAAGGGCCGGAAUUUUCUGCACGUGGCAGUUCAGAACUCUGAUAUUGAGAGCGUCCUGUUCCUGAUCAGCGUCCAGGCUAAUGUGAAUUCCAGAGUCCAGGAUGCCUCCAAGCUGACCCCUUUGCACCUCGCCGUCCAAGCAGGCUCGGAGAUUAUUGUCCGCAACUUGCUUCUUGCAGGAGCCAAAGUGAAUGAGUUAACGAAGCAUCGCCAGACUGCCCUCCAUCUUGCUGCCCAGCAGGACCUGCCCACCAUCUGCUCCGUCCUCCUGGAGAACGCAGUGGACUUCGCUGCUCUGGAUGAGAAUGGAAAUAAUGCUCUUCAUCUUGCUGUCAUGCACGGGCGGCUCAACAACAUCCGGGUCCUCCUGACCGAGUGCACUGUGGACGCUGAAGCCUUUAAUCUACGGUGAGUAUGUGUGGUCUGGAGCAGAGGCCUGGGCUCCACGUCUCCUGGCCUGCCCCUCACAGCUGCGGUCACUGUGCCUUGCAGGGGUCCCCGGUCCACGCUGUAGAACUAA